CGUCAGAAGCGGAAGAGAUUUUGGCUGGCCGUAAGCCAGGUAAAUAUUCAGCAGAGGAUGGAUUCUCUCCAUGCCUGACACAAUAAAAUGACAGCAACUGUUGGAUGACAGACGUAAAGAUGAAACAGCAGCCUUCGCCAGCGGGAUCAAGAUGUACCUGUAAGCCAAAGUCACGCAUCGAGGUGGUGGGCAGAAUCUGAUGUAAUUGGUUGAACUGCAAUGUAGGCCUACAUAUGCAUUGUCAGAAUCGACAAGAGAGCCAUUAGCCAUGGAUGUGCUUGGUUCCAAAAACAACGAAAGUACCUUCCCCAGUUAUGGGGAUUUGGAUGACUUUCUCACCAAGCAUAACUCUAACUUCAUAUGGCUUCUUGUGGCCACCAUUCUGUCCUGUGGAUGGAUCAUCUAUUUAACUUAUUACAACUCCCGAAACAUUGGCCUCAUCCUCACCUACAUUAUCAACAGACUCUACAAGGAUGGCUACAUUCAUAUUGGCUCCUUCUCAUUCUCUGUGCUCUCAGGAAAGGUCAUGUUCAGAGAUGUUUACUAUAUCAACCAAGACAUGUCUAUCAGGAUACAGGAUGGCUUCCUCAUAUUUCGCUGGUGGAAAAUGUAUAACCCCAAGCAGAAACAGCAUGAUCCCAAAGCGGAGACGAGGCUUUACGUGACAGUUAACGGUUUCGAGUUUCAUGUCUACAAUCGGACUGACCUUUACGCUCGUCUACAAGAGACUUUCGGUCUGGAGCCGACGGUUAGCACACCUAAGAAAGAUGAUGACCGAGGAGGGGAAACAAGAAAAAAGACCUUGGAACGUGUGAACAUUCAAGCAGAGAAUCCAGACCCCACAUCGUCUUGGCGCUCCCUCAUUCCUGUUAUCAAAGUUAACAUCAGUACGGGUCGGUUGGCAUUUGGGAAUCACCACCUCCCUCAGACUCUUUGCUUGAACUUUGAGGAUGCCUUCCUGACCUAUGCCACCAAGCCUCCAUCUAGCCACCUGGAUCAGUACAUGCACAUUGUGAAGGGCUCACUAGAGAAUGUGCGAGUCAUGCUGGUUCCUAGUCCACGCUACGUUGGCAUGCAGAAUGAUGAACCCCCCAGGCUGAUGGGUGAAGGCUUUGUGGUCAUGCAGUCCAAUGAUGUAGACAUCUACUACUACCAAGAUGAACCUGGUGUUGUACCAGUGGAACAAGAAAGUGUGGAGGAAGCUGAGACACCAAGUGAGGAUGAUAAGCUUCAAGACCUUCCUCCGUGCUGGGGUCUUGACAUUGUUUGUGGAAAAGGAACUGACUUCAACUAUGGCCCUUGGGCAGAUCGCCAGAGGGAUUGUCUAUGGAAGUUCUUCUUGCCAGCAGACUAUCAGGACAUGAAAGUGACUGAAAUGGCCGAGAGAGGACAACCCAGGCAGAUACAAGCCUUCGAGCUCCGUAUGAACAUCAUUGCUGAUGCCACUAUUGACCUGCUUUUUACCAAAAACAGGGAAACCAAUGCCAUCCAUGUGAAUGUAGGUGCAGGUUCUUACCUGGAAGUCAACAUCCCUAUGACUGUUGGGGACACGGGCUACUUGCCCACGAUCAAAGGGCAGCUGCUUCAUGUUGACACCACCAGCAGCAUGCAAUACAGGACUCUCCUUGAAGCUGAGAUGUUAGCUUUCCAUGUGAUUGCCAGCUACCCUCGGGUGUGGAACAUGCCGCAGUCUUGGCAAUGUGAGAUUGAGGUGUACAAGGCUACCUACCAUUUUAUCUAUGCCCAGAAAAACUUUUUCACUGAUUUGAUUCAGGACUGGGCCAGUGAUAGUGCACCAGACAUUUACUCUUUUGUACCCUAUUCCUGGACAUUCAAAAUGCUUUUUCACCAAUUUGAGAUGAUUUGGGCUGCAAACCAGCACAACUGGAUUGACUGUUCCACCAAGCAACAGGAGAAUGUGUACCUGGCAGCAUGUGGUGAGACGCUCAAUAUAGACUUCAUUUUGCCUUUCCAUGAGUUUGUUCCUACCACCUGCAAUACGCGCUUCAACUUGAAGGCAGAGGAUACAGACAUGCGACUGUCUCUGCCUGAGUGCCAUCCUAGCCGCUACCCCCUCCUCACCCUUGCCAAAGAUUACCAGAAUGUCAAACUGCCCCCAGACAUGUUUAUGCCUGGAGAAAAUCCAAGUGCCCCCCUCCCUAAACCCAACAAGUCCCGGUGGAGGAAUAUCACCCAUGCAGAAGCUGGCUGGGUUGACUGUUGGAGUGUACCAAACUUCUUGCUUAUCAUUGACUACACAUGGCAUCCCAUUUAUCCCCAAAAAGCAGAUGAGCAACUCAAACAGUCAUUGUCUGAAAUGGAGGAAUCAAUCCUGUCAGCUUCACGACCCCCAGAACACACUUCAGGACACCACACUCACCCAUACUACACCUCUGCCAAAGCCAGCCACAGCCAGAUAACAAGUGACCCAUCAGAGCUCCCUCCUGACAGACUUCAUGUAGAGAUGGAAAUGUCUCCUGAUUCUCAAAUCAUCCUUUAUGGACCUUUACUCCGGGCUUUGAUUUCCAUCAAAGAAAAUUAUUUUGGUGAAGACGACAUGUACACUGACUUUGAAGAGACAGUAUCCAGUCCGGUUUUGUCCACUUCCUCAUCAGGCCUCGGUUGGUCCCCUCUUGGAAUGGAAGACAGCGGACAUAAGGAAACGUCCGACCUACAUCCCUUGGACCUGCGCCCCUGGGAUAUAACCGUGCUCAUUAAUCUCUACAAAGUUCAUGGUCGACUGCCUAUUCACUGUAGCAGCGAGGGGCCAGAAGGUCCAUCUGGCUUUUUGGAGCGUCUAUGCUUUGAAAUGAAAAAAGGUUACAAGGAGACAAUGCUUCAGCUACUACUGUCACCUAUUCACAUCUUUGUCAGUGACAACUACCAGCGUCCUACAGUGGACGGAGUGUUGCGGGAUGGUCACCUAAGCCUGUCGGGCUUACAGAUGAGGGCCCAUGCCAUGUUCUCGGCACAAGGACUGCCUCUAGGAAGUGACACCCUUGAAUACGCAUGGCUCAUCGAUAUGCAGGCAGGGUCUCUCUCUGGCAGGGUGACUGUUCCACAGGUGGCUAGUAUGAUAGAGUGGGGGGAAUGUUUCGUUUUCCAUGUGAUGUCACGCGAGUUUCAGCUCGAACAACCCAAGCCCUCUGUCAUCUGCCAGCAUGGUGUUGACCGGCGCAUCUGUGAUGCCAAGCUAACCUGCUUGCCAGGUCACUGUCGAACGUCAGAGGAGCUCAAGUACACCAUGACACGACUGGCCAUGGAUGGAGUGGACCUGUUCAUAGUUGAACAUGGCUGUGCUGCUAACAUCAAAACAGGUAUUUUACGUGUGGCCAACUGCAACUUGCAUAACCAGGCAGUGGGAGAGGGCAUCAGUGCUGUGGUGCAAGACCUAAACAUUCAACAGUACAUUGAGCAGCAGCAUCACAGUGAGGUUAGCAGGCUGCUACCAACUGGGCAGGGGCAAGUUCCAGGUCAGCCGCUAAAUCUCUGCCAGCCUCCGGUGAUGCGACGCUCUGUCUGGCUGGAGGCGGGCUCAGUCAACCUGAACCUCAUCACAGCAGACAUUGCCCUGGCUGCUGACCAUUCAGCCAAAUGUGAAGUCCAGAGGCAAUUUCUGGAACUACAUGACACACAAACCAAAAGACUCUGGUUCCUAUGGCCCGAAGAGGCUGGCAUUCGAAACAAGCGUAGCAGGAAUCGUUGCGGCUGCCUUGGAGGUUGCAGGUUCUUUGGAGGAACCAACAUGGGCUUGGACUUCUUCAAACUGGAAGAGAUGACACCCUCCUCCUCAUCUGCAUUCUCAUCGUCUAGCACUGAGUCGGAUAUGUGUUAUGGUCAGUCUUUGCUUCAGCCUGGAGAGUGGAUUAUGACCAAGGAAACCCCCAAAGUUGAUGGAAGGGUUGUUGGCCUGAAAACAGAUACACACUCACCCUGCCUUCCUCCUGGGGUGCCUGAGAGACGUGGUCAGCAGCACCUUAGUCUCCAAGUACCACAACGCUCUCAUAGCUCUGCCUCUUCUUCAGAGGAGAAUAGUUCUUCCAGUGCAGCAUUACCCCUACUAGCUGGAGAAAGGGACACACCUUCGCCAAGUGUUGAACAACGCAUGUUUCCUAUGAACGGAAAAAGUCCUGCUGACACUUUCCGGGAUAUUCCGGAAGGAUCGCCUAUUUCACCCAACAACUGCCAGGAACGACCGUCCGUGCGCUCACCCCUUUGCUCUCCCAUCAAGCGGCAGUCCUCAGUACACUCUAGUAGAUUAGGCAGCACGAAGAGCUUGUCAGCUGCUGUUUUCAAUGACAGGCCCCCUCCAGUGCUGUCUGGAGGUGUUCAGUUUAGCGGUGAUGUUUCGCGCAGUGACGAAAACGUCCUGGAUUCACCACGUCAGCGUCGAAGCUAUGGCUCAUUCCCGUUCACUCCUUCAGCAGACUCCAACACAUUCCAUCAGUACCGAUCUGCAGACUCCAGCAUGUCGGUAGCUGACAGUGAAGCCUACUUUUCUGCAGCCGAAGACUUUGAGCCGAUCAGUAGUGCUGACGAGGGUCCUGGGACAUACCCAGGACGCAAAAAGAGGAGAAGGCAGCAGAUGCAGCAACCACCACAGCCUCCUUAUUACAUGGAGAACUACAGCCGGAGUUCCAUCUACCAUAGUGUUGAAGGCCCACUCACUUAUGUGCUCAACGGGGAGCUGAUCACUGAGCCCCGUCCUCUGCCUCCACCACCAACACUACCACCACUGCCUUCCCAUCCUCUGCCAAGCCACAUAUCCCAAGCCUCCUUUGUAUCUGCACUAGCCAUGGAGGAAGAGAGCUCAGUGGAGGCUGAGAAGACUGCAGAGCCUGGCCCAGUAACAAGACAGCCCCACGUGAUGGCGUGCUACCAGAACUACCUGGCCCACUAUCAGGUGUCUAAUUGGUCUGUCAAGCAACCCACUAAUAAGAGGACAUCAAAGUCUUCGCUACACCGCCCCUUAGAUCUUGACACGCCCACAAGUGAAGAAAGCUCAACCUCUUUUGACCAGCUCUCUGUUCCAAGUUUUAAGGUGAUUAAACACGGCCUCUCUGCUAGUUCUCUGUUAGAUAGAGGACUUCAGCUGAUGGGAGAUAACAACAGUACGCCCUACACUCCCCUGGAUAAGAGAGCUAUGGAGAAUACUGAUGAGGACACAACGACAGAUGACUGGUCUUUGGAACAGCCUUUAGCUCAGACCAGGACCACAGCCAUAGUGGAGGUGAAGGGGGCCAUCAAUGUGGUGCUUACACCCCUUGUGGCUGAAUCCCUGGACAGGUAUAUCGAGUCUAUGGUCCACUUUGUCAGUAUCCGUCAUCCUGCAGCCAUUCUAGAUGACCUGCAUGGGAAAGUUCUCAAUGAGGCUUAUCAGAUUAGCAAGUCUACAGUUACCGAAUCUAGCCAAGGAGUCAAACAGGAGCACAAGCUCUCCAGAACUGAAGGCACAACCCAUGUUUCCCUUAAUACAUCUCAUGGCCAAACAGAUUUGUCUGUGAAACCAGACAAUGUGAAAAUUAAAGGUCUCCAAGCCAAUGUCUCAAUCCCGAAGGUGAACCUUUGUCUUCUACAGGCCUCUGUGGAGGAAGGCUUUCCAUCCUCCUCCAGUAAGUGCGUCACACAUGUGUCUCUUGUGGCGCUGUGCUUUGACAGGAUUGCCACUCAGUUCAGGAUGAAUAGGGGUAUAGUCGAAGAGCCUCCCAACACCACAGAUCAAGGGCGACCCUCUGUUAUGUUAGAGAAAUACGCCUCUGCCACUAAGAUGCAGCCUCAAUCAUCUGGCUCAUUACGUUCUAAUGCUGGCAUUGAGAAAGGCAAAGAAAUAGCCGCAAGGCUCAACAUCCACCGCAUCCACAGCCAGCUUAGAGGCCUUGACUCCACAGAUAUUGGCACUUCCGCCAUUACAGCCAUCCCUAUUGAGAAGUCCAAAGUGCUGUUUGGCCUGGAAGAAAUUGAGGAAUUUUCUCUAGUAGAUGAGACAGACUUUCAUGGCAGCUCAGGUGACCUCAGCCGUUCUGCAACUUCUCUUGAGAAAUGGGGUUGGAUCAUGUUUGAAUGUGGCAUUGAGAACCUCACAGUCAAAGGCGGUCGUCAAUCAGGAGCCAUUCUUUACAAUGCAUUUGGCAUGAUGGGCCGCUCAGAUACGGGUGGACAAGCAGGAAUCCCCAAGUCUAAUGGAUCAACGGGAUCUCAGACUGGGAGUGGUUACAGCACUGAUGUUUCUGAUGACAAUUUACCACACGAUACUGUCAGCCCUCCUUCUGAUGUUAAUGGACAUUCUGACUCGGAUGAUCAGGAUGAAGGGGUUGAGUCAGAUGACCUAAAGAAAGACCUUCCACUCAUGCCUCCACCACCUGACUCCAGCAGCAUGAAACUGACCAUUCGUGAGAUUUGGUUUAGUUUUGCUGCUCCAACUAAUGUGCGACCUUCACAGGCCAUCUCUAGACAAUUGAAUCUGCUCAGCACUGCCACUCCAGCCAUCGGCGCCUGGUUGGUCCCCAUCGACCAGCUCAAAUCUUCUCUUCGUAAACUGGACAUGGAGGGUACACUCCGCGUGUGUGCUGUAAUGGGAUGCAUCAUGACUGAGGCUCUUGAGAAAAAAAGCAUCCACAUCCCCAUUCGAAGCAAGUACAAUCGCGUGACUAAGCGAGCUCACUACCUGCACGAGAAUCCCUCAUGUAUGCUUUGCAACAUCCUUCACCGAUAUCUGCAACAGGCGGACUAUUCUGUCAUUGAGGAGGCAACCAUGAAUGAUGGAGUCCCAGCCUUAGUGACUCUAAAGAAGGGUCUUGUGGCUUUGGCUCGUCAGUGGAUGAAAUUUAUUGUAGUUACUCAGGGCUUCAAAGCUAUUGGUCUGAUGAGGCCCAAUCAGCUUACGAAACCGAAGGAACCCCAGCAGAACUUGGCUGAGACGAUCCUGGGCUUGGACAACGGCGCCGCACUGCAAAGUGACACGAGUGGUGAUGGAGCUGAAUUUGAAUAUGAUGCAGCCACAGUGAGUGAACACACCAUGUUACUGGAGGGACCUUGCAAUCGCCCGCCACCAAAAGAGCCAAACUGUGGUCCUGUCAGCGGAGUGGAGAUCAUGAGGAAACUCUCCAAGUCCCAUGCACACAACGAGUCUGCACUACGAAUAAAGGGCUCUCAUCCAUAUCAGUCUCUCAGUUACACCAGCGGCGACACAGCUGCUGACUCACCAGCACAUGUGAGCCGUGCAGGCCUGCCAGUCAAGGACAGCCCCAGGAAAGAGAGUCUCCUGAGCAAUUUAACAGGGAGCUUUCGGAGUCUGCACAACUUGCUGGAAGGGACGCCCCAGAGGAAUGAAACAUCAUUUGCCACAGCAACCAAAAGUGGUUCCCUUACUCGUACAGGAACAGAUAUCCUGACUGAGCAUCCGCUCCUAUCUGAGCCAUCCUCCGUUAGCUUUUACAACUGGAUGUCCAAUGCUGUGGGUAACAGGACUGGGGCUGCAGUACAGGACUCCCCUCUUAACCGCUCACAGCACAACAGCCUCCAGACAGGUGGAACGUGUAACCUCCCAACCAUUCCCUCUGCAUCGGACUUCAACACAGUGUUAUCCAGUGACCAGAACACCUUGGACGGGACCCACUCACAGCAUUCGCAGCAUAGCACUAGCCAGGAUGACAUUGCUGAUAUUGAAGAGGGAAAUCAAUGUCCUGCUGCUGUUCAACUGGCUGAUGCUCAGGUUGUUUUCAAGCCUUUACUUAAUUAUACUGGCAUCCAAGCACAAGACACCACUCCUUUGAGCUACAAAAUGUAUUUUGGAGAACAUCUAUCUUUUUCUGGCAACCUGGAAUGUUUGAGAGCAGACAUUGUGGACUCUGAUACAUCUAAAGAGCGUAGAAACAAAAGAUCCAGGAGACAAGGUAUGGUGAACCUGCCACCACUUGAUUUCAAACCAGCUCUUCUUAUUGAGACUUUCAGCUUGAAUGCAGUCGUGAUGGAGAAAUCAACCAGUGCACCGCAAGGCUCUUCCACAGUCCCACUGUCAUUCCAUGACCUCAACCGCCGCCACUACAAUACAUUUCAUUGUGACUUCACAACAGCCUGCCAAGCCAUUAGCCAACGUGUCGACAUGGCUUUAGUGCGCCUUAUUCACCAGUUCAGCACCAUGAUAGACGAUAUCAAAGCCACUCAAACGGAUAUCAAACUGAACCGCUACACUGCAGGCUCGGCCUCACCAACACCAACCUUUAAGGCUCGGCCAUAUCGCCACUUCAGAUCGUCUGACUUUAGCAGGAGUUCACGGGGCAGCAUCAAUGGGACGGCACGCAGUGCCACACAAACCUUGAAGAGCAAGAGAGGUUUGGUCGUUGCAUUAGGUGGUGGAGGUACAGGGGUUGCUGGUGGGGGUUUACCAAUCAAUGGACCACCCUCAGCCAUGGACACACUAGGAAGAAGGGAGCACAGAGGACGUGGUUCUCUCGGACGUUCAGAGCGUCGUACCUCGAAGGUGUCAAGAAAGGGCUCUCGUGAUGUGGCAGAUCACACGGCCAUCCAGAUGGACGACUCUGACUCCAUCACAGUGUCAGAGCAGAGCGAGCCUUCAGCCGAAUGUUGGCAGAACAUGUAUAAGCUGCUCAACUUUUACUCCCUCAUCUCAGAUCCCACAGGCAUCUUGGAGAAAGGUUCUGCUGAAAACUGCUUGUCAGAAGGUGGGCGUCGACCAUCAGAGCCCCUCUGUAACGUGAUCUUUGAGAACGAACAGGAGGAGUCUACACCUACAAGGCCUCCUGCUGCAGGCGGUAGGCGCCGGAGCCUGGUGAGCUCUGAGCCUCAGCAUGUCACCCUCAUAGUGUUUGGCAUCGGCAUGGUGAACCGCACCCACCUAGAGGCUGAUAUUGGUGGACUCACAAUGGAGGCAGAACUUAAGAAGAUACAUGGAAGCUUUACCCUCAAGGAGAAGAUGAAAGACAUCCUACAUCAGAAAAUGACUGAGACCUGCGCAUCGGCUCAUAUAGGAGGAGUGAACAUUGUAUUACUGGAGGGCAUAACGCCAGACAUUCAACUGGAGGAUUUCCCAACAUCUCCCACCAGCACAGCAAAACAAGAGUUUCUAACUGUGGUUAAAUGUAACAUCGCCAAGUCUCAGGCCUUGUAUAGCGCCCAACGUGGACUGAAAACUAAUAAUGCAGCAGUCUUCAAAGUGGGAGCCAUCAUGAUCAACAUCCCCCAACACCCAGCCACUUUACACAGCAUGAUGGUCCGCAGCUCCCAUCAGUUGUCCAAACAGAUCUCUGACCUCAUCCGACAGCCAUCUAAUGUUCAACCUCCCAACAGGGAAGAUACGCCCACUCCACAACCCUCUGAUAAAGGAUCCAGCAUCAAUCAGACGCCUGUUGAAGCUAAUGAGUUCCCUCAGCUUCCAGAAGGCCUCGAAAAGAAGCCCAUUGUCCUCAAGUUCAGCGCUAUGAUGGAUGGCAUCACCAUUGGUGCUGCCCUCCUGCCCUCACUAAAAGCAGAGUACAAAAUGGGUCGCAUGAAAAGCCAUGGAAUGACAGGAGCUCAAACCAGUUUCACCUUUGAAUUGCCAAACCACAAACUAUGCUUUCAAUCAAAAGUGUCUCCAGUGGACAUGUCCACCAUGCCACCAUCAGCGAGCCUCACCCUGCCACCAGUCACUAUGUCUGGAGAAUACAUCAUGGAGGACCAUGAGAGUCAUUCCGACCAAGGUUGGAAUGCUGAUGACUUCCCUGCAAAGCAAGGGAACUAUCUUCAGGGCAACUAUCUACGCUGUGUGGCUGAGAUUGGCUCUUUUGAACAUAACCUGACCACUGAUCUGCUAAACCACCUAGUUUUCCUACAGAAGGUUUUUAUGAAGGAGGUCAAUGAAGUCAUCCAGAAAGUGUCAGGUGUGGAACAACCCAUUCCGCUGUGGAAUGAGCAUGACACUUCAACAGAUGCAGACAAACCCAAAAUCCUGCUUUAUUCGCUAAGCCUCAUGUUUAAGGGAAUCCAGAUGACCGCCACCACCCCGUCAAUGAGAGCUGUGCGCUUUGAAACUGGCUUGAUUGAGCUAGAGCUUUCCAACAGGAUCCAGUGUAAGGCUCAGCCUGGUGGCAGCAGCAGUUACUUGAAACUCUUUGGCAAAUGUCAAGUUGACCUCCAUCUGGCCCUCGGACAAAUAGUCAAGCACCAGGUGUAUGAAGAGGCUGGCUCAGACUUCCAUCAAGUAGCAUACUUCCGGACCCGAAUAGGUCUGCGAAAUGCUCUACAGGAGGAGAUCAGUGGCUCAUCUGACAAGGAGGCUGUUCUCAUCACACUCAACAGGCCUAUUGUUUUCGCCCAGCCAGUGGCUUUUGACAGGGCUGUGCUUUUCUGGCUGAAUUACAAGGCAGCAUAUGACAACUGGAAUGAACAGCGUUUGGCACUCAACAAGGACAUUCAUGUGGCCACAAAGGAGGUGGUGGACAAGCUGCCAGGUAUCCAACAGACUUCUGCCCAGGCCUUCAGCACCCUCUUUCUUCAGCUGACCGUCAAUGACUUAGGCAUCUGCCUACCCAUCACCAACACGUCCCAGGCAAACCACAGUAUAGAUUUUGACACCAGUUCAGCUCUGGUCUUGACGAUUGAAAGUACACUUAUCACCGCCUGCUCCUCCGAGUCCUUGGUUAGCAAAGGCCACUUCAAGAAUUUCUGCAUCCGCUUUGCAGAGGGCUUUGAGACCUCAUGGGAUGACUGGAAGCCUGAAAUCCGAGGCGACCUGGUCAUGAAUGCUUGUAUAGUCCCAGAUGGCACAUAUGAAGUUUGUUCAAGAACCACAGGACAACCGUCUGCUGAAAGCAGUAGUGCUGGUACCUGGACCCUGAAUGUGCUUUGGAAAAUGUGUGGCAUUGAUGUUCACAUGGACCCCAACAUUGGCAAACGCCUUAACGCCCUGGGUAAUACGUUGACAUCAAUGACGGGAGAGGAAGACGUAGAAGACAUCACCGACCUCAACUCUGUCAACAUGGUGGAUCUUUCAGAUGAAGAUGAAGGUGACACCAUGUCACCCACCAUUCACAUGGAGGCAGUUGAUCCCAGAAGGCAGAUGGUCAUGGGCAACCAGGUGAUUGACGGGCGCGGUCGAAAGUUUACCAAGAGGGUUGUGGACAUCAGAGAGCUAAACGAACAGGCCAAGGUCAUCGACGACCUUAAAAAAUUGGGAGCGAGUGAGGGCACUAUCAACCAGGAGAUUCAGCGCUAUCAACAGCUUGAGUGUGUGGCUGUCAAUGACAUCAGGAGAGAUGUCAGGAAGAAGCUACGUCGCUCCAGUAUGAGAGCGGCCUCGUUAAAGGAUAAGUGGGGUCUUGGCUACAAACCAAGUUACAACCGUUCCAAAAGCAUCUCGGCAGCAGCAGGUCGACCACCUCUAAAAAGGAUGGAUAGACAGAGUUCCAAAUUGGGAGAUGUGGACGACUUCACUGAUAUGCGUGUGGAUGCUUCUUCUUUUGGACCACGAGUCACUUUCAACAUCCAGGAUACGUUUCCUGAGGAGUCUGAGAUGGACCUGUUGUCAGUCACCAUUGAUGACCCAUCCCAUCUUCAUGAUCAGCAACAUCUUCAUUCCUCAUCCAUAAUUGGAGACCAUUGCUCAGUAUUCAGUGCUCCGUGCACUCCUGCUGUUCUCUCACCCACAAUUCCCUUCCAGCCUGAUGAAAUGCAGCGAGAUGACCUGUCUUCAUCUUCCUCUGAGGACUCAGAAAAGGAAGACGAGUUUGAACGCGAGAAACCCCUAAGCUAUCGAAGGCCUCUUCAAGCUUCUCACAGGAAGUCGUCAGGCUUUUCUGCUGUGAGUCAGUUGUUCAGUGAGCGUUGGCCAAGCUCACCUGCCAAUCGGAGUUUCGGCGGCACGACAACAGAAAGAAACAUCGACUUUGAGCUGGAUGUCCGUGUGGAAAUAGACAGUGGGAAGUGUGUUCUUCACCAGAGUACUCAGCAACAGGAGCAUGAAGAAAUUUCAUUCAGGAGGGGCUGUGAUCGAAGCCUAAGAAGUCUAGACCAGGAGUCGCCCCCAAAAAAGAAAAAAUUGCAGCCCACGUACACAUCCACUACCCAUCUUCUUGCCGGAAAAAAAUGUCCCUCUUCUCUGCAAACCAAAUCAAAUGACCUUGAGACCACAGUUUUCUACAUUCCAGGAGUGGACGUGAAGUUGCACUAUAACUCCAAAACCCUGAAGACUGAAUCGCCUAAUGCCUCACGUGGAUCUUCCCUCCCGCGCACGCUCUCCAAAGAGUCAAAGCUGUAUGGUAUGAAAGAUAACGGUCCUCCCAAUGCUGUCCAAAGCCAGACUAACUCCCUCCUACCUCCCCCGCUCCCACCUCUUCCAUCAGCCAAAGCUAAAGGCAGUGGAGGGGUGAAAACGGCCAAGCUUUAUGCCUGGGUGGCCCUCCAGACUCUGCCAGAGGAAAUGGUCAUCAGCCCCUGUCUUCUUGAUUUCUUGGAAAAAGCACUGGAAACCAUUCCUAUCACUCCAGUAGAACGGAGCUAUUCAGUGGCUGCCCAGGAAGAGGACAUAGGACAGUUUGAGACAGUGGAACCACUCGAGGAAUCGGCCACCUCUCUGGUUUCUUCUUCAACAUCUGCAUAUUCUUCUUUCCCUGUGGAUGUGGUUGUCUAUGUCAGAGUUCAGCCUUCUCAGAUCCGCUUCAGCUGCCUGCCAAUGUCCAGAGUUGAAUGUAUGCUAAAACUGCCGUCACUGGACCUGGUCUUCUCCUCUAACCGUGGUGAAUUGGAGACAAGUGGAGCUCAUCCAAUUGAUGGCUCACACCCACCCUCCUCCACUCCACCUGGGCAACACGUCCCCAAACUACCUCCAAGCAAAGCCUCUCCAUUACUGGGAAGUCCUCUGGGCAGAAGCCGCCACAGCAGUAGCCAGUCAGACCUUACUGGAGGACCGAGUAAUUCUUCGGGUCUCAGCUUCACUGCCUGCAUGUCUGACUUCUCUCUCUAUGUCUUCCAUCCGUAUGGUGCUGGAAAACAAAAAUCUGCUGUCACAGGCCUGCCCCCAGGUCCAAGCCCAUUAGGUACGGUAGAUGAGGAGCCAGCAUCUGUGACAGGAAGAAAGGACUCUCUAAGCAUUAACCUGGAAUUUGUUAAAGUCAGUUUAUCAAGGAUGAGGCGCACAGGUGGCCCAACAUUUAUUGAAAGCUUCAUUCCUGGUAAAGGUGGUAAAAUGGACACCACACUCAUCAAUAUAUCAGCUGUUUGUGACAUUGGCUCAGCUUCUUUCAAGUACGAUAUGAGACGACUCAGUGAGAUUCUGGCCUUCCCAAGAGCCUGGUACCGCCGAAGUAUUGCUAGACGCCUCUUCCUUGGAGACCAGACCAUCAACCUUCCAGCCUCUGGCCCUGCCACCCCAGACUCAUCUGAAAACAUGACUCAGCAUCUUUCUCCUGAGUCCAGCCGUAAAGCCUACUGGAGGACCUGGGACGGCAGCACCGGGACACACAUGCCUCAGUCGCCUAAUGUUUUUUCUGACCACACCACCGGAAGCAACAUGUCCCCUGGUGGCCUUGGUCACCUUCGGUCACCUGCACCCGGACGAACCAGAAGUGUGUCUGAUUCAUCUGCUCCAAGAAGAGAUUCAAUGACAAAAACAUCCACACCCUCCUUUAGUAAAAAUGGUAAACCAGCAGGGCAACAAGGGGCACCGUGGGAGACACUGGUCGUGUUUGCUAUCAACUUGAAACAACUCACGGUCCAAAUGAACAUGAGCAAUGUCAUGGGAAACAACACCUGGACGACUAGUGGUCUAAAGAGCCAAGGCCGCCUGUCUGUGGGCAGCAACCGCGACAGAGAGAUCAGCAUGUCUGUUGGCCUGGGACGCUCCAAGCUGGACUCCAAGGGUGGCGUAGUGGGUGGCAAUAUAGACGUCAACACCCUAGAGAUGGUCUCUCACAUCUCUGAGCACCCAAACCAACAACCAAGCCAUAAGAUCCAGAUUACUAUGGGUUCAACCGAGGCACGGGUUGAUUACAUGGGCUCCAGCAUCCUAAUGGGUGUUUUUAGUAAUGCUGACCUGCAGCUUCAAGACGAGUGGAAGGUCAACCUGUGCACUGUUGACUCCAGUAUUUCUGAGAAAAGUGAGAUCUUUGUCCAUGGAGACUUGCAGUGGGACAUUUUCCAAGUGAUUAUUUCACGCUCCACCACACCAGACCUAAUCAAGAUCGGCAUGAAGCUACAGGAAUUUUUCACUCAGCAAUUUGACACCAGCAAGCGGGCCCUCUCCACGUGGGGCCCUGGCCCAUACCUGCCUCCGAAAACCCCAGUCAUCAAUGCAGACAAAGGAGCAGCAGAGCUGUACAUGGAUGCAGCACAUCACCGUCACUGGCCCGGGGUGCUGAAGGUAAUCGCAGGCUGCCACAUAUCACUCUUCCAGAUGCCUCUCCCAGAAGACGCUGUGCAGUUGGGCGGCUCAAUGAGUCUCCAUGGUAAUCACAUGACCCUGGCCUGCUUUCACGGGCCCAAUUUUCGCUCCAAGUCAUGGGCUCUAUUCCACCUGGAAGAGCCCAAUAUUGCUUUCUGGACAGAGGCACAGAAAAUACUAGAAGACGGUUCCAAAGAUGAUUCCACAUACAUUGUGCAGACACUGGACUUCCAUCUCGGUCAUAACACAAUGGUGACCAAACCAUGUGGUGCACUGGAAAGCCCGAUGGCCACCAUAACCAAAAUAACUCGGCGGCGGCACGAAAACCCUCCGCAUGGAGUUGCCACAGUUAAAGAAUGGUUUAACUAUGUGACUGCCAUGAGGAAUGAAGAGUUAAAUUUGCUAAGGAACGUGGAAGCCAACAACCAAGAAAGUGGAGCUGCUGCCAAGAGCUCCAGUCUGCUGAGUAGUUUCCGCAGUAACUCCAGCUACAACCAUGAGACUGAGACCAUCUUUGCUCUUCCCAGAAUGCAACUGGAUUUCAAGUCCAUCCAUGUACAAGAUCCUGAUGAACCGUCUCUGUCAGAUUCCAACAACAAACCGAAGGUCGAGUGCAGUGUGGUAACAGAAUUCACAGACCACAUCUGUGUGACCAUGGAUGCCGAGCUCAUCAUGUUCCUUCACGACAUGGUGUCUGCCUACCUGAAAGAGAAAGAGAAAGCCCUUUUCGCCCCACGGAUGUUUGCGGCUCGGCCAGGCCAGAAAAGCCCUACGGCCGCACACGAUGACGGUUCUACGGACAAGGACAAGGACAAAGACGACAACAUCAACUAUACCACAGUGGAUUGGAGGGAGUUCAUGUGUAACACCUGGCACUUGGAACCAACUCUCAGGCUCAUUUCCUGGACAGGGCGUAAGAUUGACCCAGUGGGGGUGGACUACAUCCUUCAAAAACUGGGCUUCCACCAUGCCAGGACUACCAUUCCCAAGUGGCUCCAGAGGGGUGUGAUGGACCCUCUGGACAAGGUGCUGUCAGUCCUCAUUAAGAAGCUGGGCACUGCCCUUCAAGAUGAGAAGGACAAAAAAGGCAGAGAGAAGGAGGAGCACUCUCACUGAGAGCAGUUUAGCAGUGGACAUUCUUGGAUCGCUGUUUUUACACUCUUUUCCAACUUUUCUUUUCUUGCCCCACUUAGUGAAUUUCAGCAUGGCUGUUUACUGCGGUGCGCGCCACCACUAGCAGCUUUGACUGAGGCUUUUGCAUAGAUGUCAUCAAUGUGUACACUAUUUUGGAAAAGAGUAGCAAUUUAUGUAGUAUACUUUAAUUGUUUUCAUGAAUACAACCCUGCCUCUUUUUACAUGUUGUAAAUGACCUCGCUUGAACCUUUUUAUUUUCCUCAAGGCUUUCCAAUAUUUAAUGAGAAAUGAUUUCUUAAAGAAUUGCCUUUUCUUUGUUUCCAAUGGAACACGUGGUAAAUGAUGCUUUACGUUAUGCAUUUUAUGUUGUAUUUAAUAUUUUUGAUUUUUGUUUUUCCCUUUAUGUGAACAAAUGAGCACUGGGUAUGAUCUGUCAUCAGGACAAAAGGAAUCUGUUAUUAAUUACGAGAUUAUUGUUAUUAUUUAUGGGUAUGUGAAAUGGAAACCUUGUAACAUGAAUUCGCUUGAAUGGGUCAAGCUUGUUUUUGGUUUUUAGUCAAUGUAUAUAAUUACAUUUCGUAAAUGUGUUGAUUUCCUAACUUAAUAAAAUAAUGACACUGGAUUUUAUAUUAAUUAAUUCCAGCAUUUCAUCUUGCUCUGAAUUCCAUGAGAGGUUGCUGAGGGGUGUCAAACCGGUGGCCCGGGGUCCAGGUCCGGCCCACUGCAUCAUUUUGUUUGGUCCUCGGAAGUAAAUCACGUGUAUCGACUUGAUGUUUUUCACCAAAACAAAAGUUCUGUAAAACAUUUUUAAACCGGUGUUUAACAAUGUAAAUAGCUAGAAAAUGCCAUUUUUGGAGAAAGUGGGAUGGUAGCUUGAUUUGGAAGCAUUUUGGGGUCACUUCCUCUUGAUAUGGGUCACUUGCUUUUGAUAUCAGGACAUAUCCUCUUGAUUAGGGGUUAAGUGGUUUAUGUGGUUAUGGUUUUUGGAUAAAAAUUGUAGGACAAGUAGGUUUUUUUUUUUUUUUUUUUGCCAAAAAUGUUCCGAUUGGAAAUGAAUGGGCACAAAUACCCAAAUAGAUGGGACAAAUUUUGGUGGAAGAAAUGCCUUUUUGCUCUAACCAUAAAUGUUACGGGCAAGGUCUAAAGGAAGCCUUCGUCCUAUGAAUUUUUGGAACGUGCCGAAGUUGGAAGGGUGUCAAACGGUAUUGGCUGGGCGACGCGCUGAAAAACGUGGCGGAAUAAUUAUUAUAAAGUUGCAGAAUAUUAUAGAUGGUAGCAUUUGCAUGUAAAUCAAAGCCAUCAUAACCACAAUGUAGCCCUCGAAAAAGAUGAGUUUGCGAUCAACUGACAGGUAUUUGUAAUUUUCCAUGUCAAUGAUAUUUGCUGCCACAUGCAUUUAGGUCUGAGGAUAAUUUGACAUGAAAGCAUAUGGUAUACACAUUCCCCCCCAAAAAAUCACUAAAAUUCACAAGAGAGCAUGAGAGCCACUGUUAGUCUCGUAAGUUAGCAAAUUUUCCUUAAUCAACUUUUUUGUCUCGAAGAAGAAAAAUAUUUUUGUAAUAGUCCUUUCCUGCAAGACUAAACGAAUGAAUGGGUAAAUCCAUGACUGGGUGUAAUUAGGCACAUUCCGAUAUAGAGAUUGUCGGUGCCAGGAUUAGUGAUCAGGUAGCAUAGAAUAGGAUGUCAACAUAUUCACACUUACAGGUGAUUUACAUUACACUGGGUUUCCCCUACCUCACAUUGUUGACCUGUUUACGCUCCACCCUGACUAAUCCCGUCUCCUUUUGACUAACCUUCCCUUCUCUUGUUAUCAGGCCCAUCACGGUGUCCACGGAUAAUGAACAACCACAAUAGGAAUAUAUCAUACUCCUAUGUGAUACAAUAAAACAGUUCAGACCAUAAGGACACUUAGAUUCCUAUUGUCCUUCUAUAAGCAGCUGAACAAGACAUGUAAAAGAAGAAAAAAAAUAUACAUAGGAAUUCAAUUACUUGGAAUCGGUAACCAAUAAGACCAAUAAUCCCUAAUUACCCUAUUUGAUUAUGUAUUUCAAAUACUACUGCAUAUUUUUUUUGUAAUUUGAAGACAUUUAAAUAGCUUCUCCAAUUCGUUAGCUUUACCUCAUUUGUAAUAUUCGUGGAACAGUAUGCCCGCUGGUAGUUGGAAAUGGGAGAUGAUUCUAUUAGUGGCCUAUAAAGACUGGAUACAGUGCCCUCCAUGAUUAUUGGCACCCCUGAAAAAGAUGUGUUUUUUAGCUUCUAAUAUUCUUUAUGUGGGAUUUUUCCCCACUGAAUGAAUGCACUUGUAUUGAAGGUUGGAUUUUUCUCUUUUCUUCCAUUAAGGUCCCAUAUUAUUUGAAUAAGAAAAAAAAAUUAGAAGCCAAAAAACAUAUCUUUUUCAGGGGUACCAAUAAUUAUGGAGUGUAUGUAAGUUCAGUGAUCAAGAGAGCAGGGGCAAAAGAAAAAGGAAAAAAUGUUUUUUAUUUACAAAACAGUAAAGCAAAGGUACAAAUAUUGAAUUGACAGCCCAAAGACAAAGACAUGACACCAAGUUUUAAACUGUCACAAUCACUAUUUCUAGUGUCCUUUUGUUAUUUUGUGAUAAAUUCACACAGGGUUGUGCUCGAGCUAAAUAUAUCUUGAGGCAAAAAAUGAACUUUGGUAUGUUCCAUCUUUCUCCCUGCUCACUGACCCACAAUUAUUCAGAUUUAUGUAAACAAGAUGGAAGCUAUUUCUUUGACUAUUUGCAUGAGAUGCCUUUUGGCUUGAGAGUUGAAUUCAGGGAGGGUACAGACUCUAUAGGUUUGUUUGUUUUUAUUUCGGUUAACCCUUUCAGGGACAUGGACCUUUUUGUUAUUUUUUUUUAACACAAGACCUUAAACAUUGACGUUUUGGGGGGUGU